UUGCUUGCAUUAAGAAAACUUUGUACCUCAAAAUGGAAAAAGCUCUGGGACUAAAUGAACAUCAUACGACACAAGUAGUAGGCUACAUGCGCUUCUCUCGCUUCAAGAGGAAAGAAGUGGUCAAAUCGAUUAACACCUGCUUUGAUGACGUCAAGACUUCACAUGUAAUGCAGGAGUCCACCUUCACUCAAGAUGAAGUGAUGCAGAUUCUGUCCUCAUUGGAGGAUCAGAUCAAAAUGGACGUGGAGGGUGACCUGGCAUUCGCUAUGCACACCAACUUGCUCCUUCUGAGACAGUUGUUCGGCCAGUCGGAGAAGUGGCACUUGAAACUGAAUGCUGACAUUUCACAACUAGAGAACUCAGACCUGAUCGAGAAAAUGAAAGAACUCGAGAGUAGCUUCUUUGCAGAUGGAUCUCUGGAAAACAAGAAGCUGGAUCCACUAGACUCUUCCGUCAAUGCAGGUCCAGCAGCCUUAUUGCACAUGAAAAUAGCUGAGUUACAAGAACAGAAUGACUUUCUUCUCUCCAAACUCAAAACAAUUGAAAGUGCCGCACUCUCUUCCUCUGGAGAUAAGAAGCAUGUCUUGCAAGAAUUAGAGGACGCUCAGAAACGUCUUGAUGCUAUGAAGCGGAAAUCGGGAUUGUCAAGCGAAGAGAUGGCUCAAAUUGAAGCAGAGAUGGCUGAAUUGAAGUUGAAACAGGGUCCGAAGGGAGAUGACGGGAAGUCUGCUUACAUGGAGAGCGAGAUGAUUUCGGCGAAGCACAAACUGCUAGAAGCGAGAGAGAUGCUGGAGAAAAACGAGAAGGAACUGGAACGAAAAUUCACUCAGACAGGAGCCUACAAAAACUUGAAGAGGAUGCUAGAUACGAAGAACUCGGAGAUAAAAGAGCUGCGGCAGAAGCUAUCCAAGUACGAGAGGGAUUGAAUCGGUUGCAGCCAGUAUUCUCUGUUCAUAUUGGCCCCCGAAUCAAAUGAUCAUUCAUCACAUCAUGACAUGUACCGCUAGAGAUAGAGAAUUACUAAAGCCGACGUUUGUCGCAGUACAUCGACUUAAAUUAUUGAUACCACCAAACUUCACAAUGGUUUCAGGAACUUUGCAUGUUUUGUUUUUGUUGUAAAUAAGUUAUAAUAGCAUUGUACAAAAUCUGUAUGUUAUAGAUAUAUCAUGUAAAUAAGUUUUCAACUGAAU